AUGGCAGGACGUCUUCUGUCCCUCACCCUCGGCGUUCUGUCCCUCAUCGCAACUCCCGCCGUGGCUCAAGAUGGCAGCACCAGUCACAUCACACUCUCCAACACCGAAGACGUUACCUUCCUGUCGGGUACCAGGACCAUUCCUGUCACCCAGCCUAGAACGCCAACGGGACCCUAUGCGACCUACACCUCGAGGAUCACCCUCACAAAUGGCGACCUCUCUACCAUGACCGGGACCAUGACCUUCACCGGCAACGUCACCCAGACAACCACCAACUCGGUCGGCCAGUCCGUCGUCAUCAUCUCGGGCCAGACCUCCGUCGUCACCUCCACCGUCACCGGAAACUCGACCCAGACUACCACCUCCGCCGCCGGCCCGACCAACACCCAACCGUGCAACAACUAUGUCGAAUUCUGCGACCGCAAGUACAGCAACAUCACCGAAGUCGGCUGCCACAACUCCCCCUUCGUGCGCCCCGGCAACUCAGCCUCCAACCAAGCCCUCGAUGUCACCACCCAGCUUAACGACGGCGUCCGUUUCCUCCAGGCCCAGAUCCAAUGGCCCACCAACGGCACGAAGCCGCACUUCUGCCAUUCUUCGUGCGACAUCUUGGAUGUCGGCCCCAUCACCGAGUGGCUCACCACCGUCCGCGAAUGGGUCGCCGCCCAUCCAUACGACGUCGUAACCAUCCUCCUCGGCAACGGCAACUAUUCGACGCCCGACCUGUACGCCCCCUUUAUCGAGUCCACGGGCAUCCUCCAAUACGCCUACGAGCCCCCUUUUCUCCCCAUGACCGUCGAGGACUGGCCGACCCUCUCUCAGAUGAUCCUAGGCGGCAAGCGCGUCGUUAUGUUCCUCGACUACAUGGCCGACCAGCAGAAGUUUCCCUGGCUGCUCGACCAGUUUUCACAGAUGUGGGAAAGCCCCUUUGACCCUAUGGACCGCACUUUCCCCUGCACCGUCCAGCGCCCCCCUGACCUGCCCGACGAGGCUGCCCGUGACCGUCUCUAUCUCAUGAACCACAACCUUAACGCUGAGUACAACAUCUUCGGCGCCUCCAUUCUUGUCCCCGCCGUCUCUCUGCUCAACGAGACCAAUAAUGUCACCGGCUACGGCUCCCUCGGCGUCAGCGCCCAGCAGUGCACCGACCAAUGGGAUCGCCCGCCUAAGAUCUUGAACGUCGACUAUUACAACUAUGGCGGCUACCCGGGCUCUGUGUUCGAGGUCCAGGCGCGCAUGAACAACGUCACGUACACCCGCGAUUGUUGUGGCAAGGUCACCGGCGCGUCACCGGGACGUCCGGCCGCGUCAGCGAUGGUUUUGGGGAUGGCUCUCGCAUGCGCGCUAUUGCUGAUCUGA